AUGCUCCAGACUUGGCAUGUAAGUACUCCAAGGCCUAUUGCUUCCAAGCUUGCUGCUGAUACCCCUUUUAUUACUGGACAGUUCGGGGGUGGAAAAGUUGAGUACGCAGCUGAUGAUAUCGAUGAAAUACAUGAAGAAUGGUCGGAGUUUGUUAAAGGCUUCAUUUAUCGGUGGUAUUUUGUAUCUGCAAAACAAUAUUUUGGUUAACAGUGAAAUGCUAGGUAUGGUCUUUUGACAUGUGGUGUAAUGCUUGGUAUGGUAUUUUGACAUGUGGUGUACAUGUUUUUGUUAACUUUGUGUAAUGUUACUUAGGUAACUUGACAACCUGACAUGUAAUGUUGUUAG